CGGCAUUCGCUUUUAUACGCGAAGUCUCUAGAAUAGAGGAUACUUUACAAUAUCUUACAUUGUUAGGUUGUCCUUUGCUAUUCACACACCUUGAAGUUACUCCAUUCCUUGUCCCGAGCAUCCAUUCCCAGUCAAAAGAUACCGCAAUGCAUCUUAUCCUUACUGGUGCUACUGGCCUAGUCGGUGCCGCAGUGCUCGACAACAUGCUUGCGCAACAAUCCAUAAGUCGUAUUUCUAUACUCAGUCGACGGCCAGUUGCGAUGGCAGAAGGACACGACAAGGCCAAAGUGAUCAUACACAACGAUUUUGGAGUUUACAGCGAAGCGCUGCUGGAUGAGUUGCGCGACGCAAAAGGAUGUGUAUGGGCACUUGGUGUGAGCCAGAACGACGUUGACAAAGAGAAAUAUAUCGAGAUAACGCAUGAUUAUACACUUGAGGCUGCCAAAGCCUUCUCGACUUUGCACCCAGACUCACCUUUCACCUUUGUGUACGUCUCUGGCGAAGGCGCGACUCAAUCACCAGGGAUGUUCACUCCGUUGUUCGGACGUGUGAAAGGGCAGAUAGAAUCAGCACUGCUCCAACUAAACAAGGAUCGCCCUCAGUUCAAAGCUUACAAUAUACGCCCUGCAGCUGUUGAUUGGAGAGAACAUACUGAAAUCCAUGGUUUCAUUCCCAAGCAACCAUACACCAAGAACGUAUUGUUUUCUGCUAUCAAUGCUGUAUCCAAGAGUUGGAUGACGCCUACAAAACCUAUGGGCAAGAUUAUGACCGAACUUGCGAUGUCGUCUGGCGCUCCUAUGCAUGACAGCAACAUGGGAAUGGAGGGACGACUCAUAUCCAAUAUAGCUUUCAGGAGAAUGGCUGGUCUUUAGUUGAGGUUGUUUCACGACCAAAAACCUGUUGGUAACUUAAUUAUGCAACAUUAUAUAAGGCAGAGCUUAGAUAGCGACCUCGGCACGGCGCUUGUUGGAGUGUAAGAGUCAUCGA